AUGCAUUUGUUUGGCGAGGUCGCUCACCCAACGACACAAGAGAAUCGAGAUAGCGCGUUGUCCCUAAUUGGUGUCAAAUCAUCGCAUCCAUCGCAGCCCUGGCAAAGUCCGGUUUAUCUCCGCCGUGUUGUGGAGCAUGAAAAUCCAGUGACUUUGUGCCGAGAUGCCGAACGAUCUCGCUCGAUCGUCUGGGCUGCGGUUGAGCCCGCCUCUAGCCACUGGGCGUAUCGUAUCGCAUUGGAAAUAACUAAGUCCGGUUGCUUCAUGUAA